AUGGCUACAUCAAGACUGGCAAACGUUGCCGAGCAGGCAAUUGGACACGAUGGUGGCGCCGCGACGCAGCAAGAUAUUGCUAACUACGAAAAAUCUGGAGACGGAGAGCAUACCAUGAAGGCCCUCACCUGGCAAGGGAAAAUAAAGUUCAAGUCCUGGACGUUACAGGCAGUACUAUCUGCGGCAGCGACCUCCAUCUUCUACACGGUGAAUUUUCUGUUAUUUACCAAGCGUGGUUCGGUGGUUCAAAUGCAAGUCAAUGACAUCCUCGGCCACGAGUUUUGCGGUAUUGUCGAUGAUGUUGGCCCCGAGUGCUUCUUUUGCAAACAGAAGUUGUCCUCCCAGUGCGAGCGCACAAACUCGAACUCGACUCAAAAGGCACUUUACGGCUCACAGACGGCUGGAAUCUUUGGCUAUUCGCACCUCACGGGCGGGUUUGCUGGUGGUCAGGCUGAGUACGUGCGAGUACCCUUUGGCGACGUCAACCUGCUGCACAUACCCGACGACAUCCCCGAUGAAAAGGCCUUGUACCUUUCAGACGUGCUGGCUACAUCAUACAAUGCAGUCAAGGACACUGCAGUCUACCCCGACGACCAGGUGGCCAUCUUCGGUGGAGGGCCGAUUGGCCAAAUGGCCGGAAUUUUUGCGCUCAACGAAGGAGCCAAAAAGCUAAUCUUUGUUGACACCGAGCCACGCUUGAGUUUUGUCAAGGGUCGCUGGCCAGCCAAGAAUGCCGACCAGCUGGAACUGAUUGACUACAAGAAGCUCAGCUUUGGGACCACCAAUAAGGAAACUGUUGUCAGCAAACUAAAGGAUCUUUGCGAUGGCCGUGGCCCAGACGUGGCCAUUGAUUGCGCCGCUGGCGAGUACGCUAAAGGAUGGUUACAUUGGGUGCAGAUGCAAAUCGGUGCUGAGACAGACACGAGCGAGAUUCUGAACGAGAUGAUUGAAGGUGUUCGCAACUACGGCCGUGUGGGUGUAACAGGCGUCUACGUUGGUUAUACGAACCAUUUCAACAUUGGCUCACUUAUGGAGCGCGGCAUUCGGCUCAUUGGCAAUGGCCAGGCACCUGUCCACAAGUACUGGGAGCAUCUGUUAAAGCAGAUUCAGUCCGGUGCCCUGGAUCCCCUGCAGAUGGUGUCGCAUCGGGUUCGACUUGAAAACAUGGAGCAGGUGUAUCGCGCAUUCGAUCACAAGGAAGAUUCAAUACAGAAAACCUACGUGGAAACAAAGUUCUCGUCUCCUAGAGCAAGCAAGUUUCCUGAGUUGACGACAUUUUGA